CACUAUUACUUAUUCACCUGUGUCGACGCUAAUAUCACAGUCUAACAUUAGACUGUGCUAAUACUGUGGUACUACCAAAGUCUAACAGAACUAUGGUACUGUUAUUCACCAUCUUCCCCGUUGGCAAUCCUGUUUGUGUUAAACAUAAGCAUGUUUGUUUUGGUUUGAUCCUUCGGAACAGGGAACUGUAAAUAAGCGUCCUACAACAGAAGUGCACACAGCGUAAUCUAUUGGUAUAAAUGGGUAGUAGGAUUAACCUUCUAGUUCGCCUUACAAGUGAAAUUAAUUUCAUCCCACAAAAACGAUUCCGCACCAGAUGGUUGAGCAGAAACCCAGUUAAAGUUUUGAGUGAAAACGCUUCAGAUGUGCAGGAUGGAAUCGAAAAUAAGUUAAACAUUGAAACGCAGAUUUUGAAAGCGGGUAGCCAGGCACAAAUACAUGAAGUUAGUAAACAGACAGACACAAAACGGAAUAAACUGUCUAAUGUAGCUGCGGAACGUUUACACAAACAGAAGACUAGUGAGACUAGACUUAAAAGAGAGCUUGGACAGUUAGCAAAGGAAGAACAAAAUUCACGCCAAACUGACCCGUUCGGGUUAUCAAAUUUGAUUACAGAAGAUGAAAAUGUUCCCGAAAAACUUCCGGAGACUGACUUGCACACUUUUCCAGGAUCGCAUUCUGACGGAAGCUGCACAGUGUCUUAUAGCUCAAAUAGUACCGUUACUAAGAACUCUAUGAGAGAUCAAGUUCAUGCUUUGGACAGAAAUGAGAAACCUACAAGAAAUAAAACUGAGCACGAUCCUGCAAAAACUUGUGCUCCUAAACCCGUUGGACGAAAAGUGGGAGAUGAAAAGUUGAGAAAGAUAAUGCUCCUAACAAAAUCAAAGAAAAUGAGAGAGAAGCAUAAUCUUGUGGCUGUUGAAGGAAAACGAUUGAUACAAGAUUUCAUAGAUGCUGGAGCAACUCCAAAAAUGAUUUUCUUCAGCAGGCAGCAGGAUAUUAAGAGCAUCUGUACAGGUCAAAACCAUAUUGAGUUCCACAGAGUUCCAUAUAAACAACUGUCUCUGUGGACAGAUGUUGCAACUUCUCAGGGCGUUAUAGGAUUAUUCGAGAUAUCGAAUAUAUUAAGGCAGACUCCAGCAGAGAACUCAUUGCCAAUUACAAUAAUCUGUGAUAAUGUCAGAGAUCCUGGAAAUAUGGGCUCUGUGCUGAGAAUUGCUGCUGCUGCUGGUUGUGAGAAGGUCAUCUUAACAAAAGGUUGUGUAGAUCUGUGGGACAGCAAAGUGUUACGUACUGCAGCAGGUGCACAUGGUCGCUUGCAGUUAAUAGAAGAUCUUUCAUGGGAAGUUGUUCCUGAGCACCUACCAGAUGGUUGUGUUACAUUUGCGGCAGACAGUUCUCAACUACAAAGUCAUGUGACACCAUUGCUCUAUUACAACAAGGCUGAAUUUCACUUGGCUUCACACAUAGCUCUGAUAGUGGGUGGUGAAACCCAUGGGCUCAGCUCAUCUGCCCUGGCGCUGGCUUCUGCUCGUCUCCAUGUUCCAAUAAGUGCUGGCGUUGAUAGUCUCAACACGGCUGUUGCAUUUGCUAUUAUUGUGUUUGAAGCAAGACGGCAUUUGACUGCUGGUACUUAGAUAUUGUGGACACUAUUUGAGUUACAUAAUGAAUUGAGGAAGAGAGGUGAUAUGGUAGUUACUGAUUUUGAGUUGUUAAACAACUGUAGAUAGUUUUUAGAAUCAUGUUUUUGUCACACUCCAAUUUUUAUUUUAUUUACUUUGGAUUAGCUAUUAAUUGUGUCAAUGCAAUUAAAAAUAGUAGCAUGCAGUUUUCAGAUCUGGGUAGCAGAGUUAUGUGAUUUUUUUUGUGCAAGCCUUUUUGUGUUAUUUCUUGUCUUCGUGCUGCAGGAAAGCGUAGUUGUAACUACUGAUGUAACGCAGAGAAAAUAAACAACAUUGAUCCUGUUUCAUCAUGAAAA